UAUGUCUGCAUCGUAGUAAUUCGAUAAAAAUAUAGUGUUAAUCACGGCAACACACUAAACCAUUUAGCGCAUUGUAUCGCGAGCUUUCGACGUACCUCUAGCCCAGCAGGCGUCUCGAGAACGUGUCCUCUCCCAACCUCGCCAACGUCCUGCAAUUUUGGUUUUCGAUAAAAUGAGCGGUUACACGGUGAUUUUCGUUGGCGUUGUCUCUGCGGUCCUCAGUGUCGCCAGCUAUUACUUGGCUCCUAAGGGCGACAACCAUUCCACAUGGCAAAUGUCCUUAAUUCUGACGAUUGCCUGCUUCUAUUUGCUGUGGGCAAUCACGUAUCUGUGCCAAUUGCAUCCUUUGGAGGCACCUGCAAAGGCAUUGGCUUGAGCUGACGCGUUUUUUCGUGUUUGUUUGAGUGAGUAUUGAAAGAACAUGUGUUUUCUUUGAGACACGCUUAUUUUGGAGAGCUGUUGACGUGUCGACCUCUUGUCUACAUCCUUGAGAGUUGAGUGGUCGCGUUUCUUGUCUUGGACACGCUGUUUCGUCGUUUUUGUCACAUUCGUACUCGUAUGCAUAUAUAAUUUCACUCACUGUCUCUCACUCACACUCUUCGCACGAACACACUUACUUACACACUCAUCACUUCCUCCUAGUCACGGAGGCCUACCUCCACCCUGUCUAAUCUUACCGUAUCCAUUCCCUUUUCCCUUCAUUUUCUUUCCUGUACGCAACUGUUUCCUGUUGUGACCCUGUUUUCCUCGUCGAGCUUUGUCUGCUCAUUUAUAACGACUCGUCCCUCCUAUU